UCAUGGUAUUUAAUGCUAAUUUCCUGGUUAUUAUCUUGGUUGCGGCCUGCCCAACCCUCCAUUUUCCAAUGUAUUUCUUCCUCAGCCAACUCUCCCUUUCCGAAAUUCUAUUCACCACUAAUAUUGUCCCCAACAUGCUAAGGCUCAUCCUGAUUGGUGGAGGGACUAUGUCAGUGAGAGGAUGUAUCGCACAGUUAUGUCUUCUCUGUGUCCCAACCAUAACUCAAUGCUUACUUCUGGCCACCAUGUCCUUUGACCGCUAUGUGGCCAUAUGUAAUCCCCUGCAUUAUACGUCCAUAAUGACCUUCAAGCUGCAGUUGAACAUUGUCACCUUUUGCUGGAUCUCUGGUUUCAUGUUGUCUUUUGCCAUUUAUAUCGUUUCGAGCAGAUUGAUAUUUUGUCAUUCCAACAAGAUUAACCAUUUCUACUGUGAUAUCGCCCCACUCAUAGCCCUUUCCUGCUCAGACACUACAUAUGUAGAACUGGUCGUUGCUCUGAUUUCUGCUUUUCUAGCUUUCUCCCCAUUUCUAUUCAUUAUUAUCACUUACAUCUUCAUCUUGGCCAACAUUCUCAAGAUCCCCUCAAGUUUCGGGAGGCAGAAGGCCUUCUCCACCUGCAGUUCCCACCUGGCCGUUGUGUGUAUGUAUUAUGGGACCCUGACAGUGAUUUAUUUAUAUCCACCUGGGAACCAUUCCCUAAGUAUAAAUAAGUUUCUCUCCUUAUUGUACACACUGGUGACCCCAUUGUCCAACCCAAUUAUCUACAGCUUGAGAAACCAUGACAUCCGAAGGAAUGGCUUGAGCGUGUCUUUGAUGCUCUUGUCCAUGUUCGUUCUCUGUACAUUGGAGGAAGAAAAAACGUUUGGGUUCACAACCACCCAACAGUUGGCGCUGUGGCUUAGUUGGUUAAAACGCCUGUCCUGUAAACAGAAGAUCCUGAGUUCAAUUCUCAGCAGUGCCUGCCUUCUUCCUCUAAAGAAUGGCUAG